AUGGUGACGAAACAUCCAUCAUCGGACGGCCAAUCCGACUAUGAGUCGGGAACCUCCAAAUACUCUGACUCAUCUGUCACAGAACGUAGCCUGCAUAAAAUGCUACAAGAGCUUUGCACAACGAUUACAGCAGACUUCCACCAUAUUGAUGGAGACUUAAGGAGAGAAAUUUCCAGCCUUGGUGAUAGAACCAGUCACCUGGAAAAUAGAACUGAAGAAUUAUGCAUUGUCCACAACAAAGUAGUGGACAAAAUACAAAAAUUAUCAGAAAAGAAUGAGACACUGAAACUAAAAGUAGCCGAUAGGGAUGACAGGUCGAGAAGACAAAAUGUACGCUUCAGGGGCAUACACGACGAUGUCUCCCACGAAGCCCUUCCAGCCUACAUACUCUCCAUCUGCAAGUCCUUGGUCCCGGGCCUACCAGACUCAGCAUGGGCAUACGACCACAUGCAUAGGCUCCCGCGCCCAGCCCGUCUUUCCAGCGAAGUACCGAAAGACAUCAUCGUCAGAUUCCAUUAUUAUGCCUAUAAAGAAUCGCUACUGGCAGCAGCAAGAAAGCUACCCACACUCCCGGACCCUCACCAGCAGGUCACCCUGUUCGCAGAUUUAUCAGCAGCCACGAUGGCAAAACGCAAGGAAUUUGUCACGAUCACUAAGACACUUCGAAACAAUAAUGUGGCCCACAGAUGGGGCUACCCCACCAAAUUGAUUACAUGGCAUCAAGGGAAAACCCAAGUGUUUACCGACCCCAAAGAAGGACUAAAACUACUAACGGACUGGGGCAUUUGGACCACCACCACCAACCUCCUAGAAAAAUCGGAGGAUCGCUCUCCAAGGACAAUGCAAGCGGAAUGGCAAAUGGCAGGAUCAUCAGCCAUGAAACCAUGA